AUGGUGGACAUAAUUGCUCUAUUAGCAUAUAUUUAUUUAGUGCUCACAGCAGUAAUGGUGUGUUUCGGUGCGGUACGACGUUGCUGCGCCUCGGGUCCCACUGAGCGGAUUCAAGUCUCUGAAAUAGUUGCCGACGACGGUAACACUGAUGGUGAUUCUGCUAUCAGUAAUCCAGAAAUCGUUGCUUGCAAAGCACGAUGUGAUGCGCAGUGGAAAAGUGAUUUUUAUGUUAGUUCAUAA